UAAACAUUGUGGUCAGAAGGAAUGCAUUUAGACAGUAGGUGCUUGAGGAUAUUAUCAUGAACGGUGAUAACGUGGCGGCGAGUCCGCGCGCCUCAGUCAGCGACGCGGGUUCGCGUAGAGCGGUCGCGUAUAACGUUAAUAUCGGUCGAGUGACGUGCGGAACUCUGUGUUCGCGUUCGCGUACGCGCCGCAUUCCAUCGUGGGGGCCCUUCGCCGCCAUUGGCCGAUCCCGCGUGACGUCACUCCUCGUAAUGAGGUAUUCAACAUGGCCGUGUAGCUAGUUCGCGAGUGUGCUUCGUUAUUCGUUUGAAUGGAUUUAAUCAGUGAAAUAUGCCAAGGAGACGAAACGGUGAGAUACCCUUGCCCGACGGAUGGGAUUUUGCGAGGGACUUUGAUGGAAAAUUGUAUUUCAUCGACCACAACAAUAGAAAAACGACGUGGAUCGACCCGCGAGACAGAUACACAAAGCCUCAAACAUUCGCGGACUGCAUCGGCAAUGAGCUGCCUCUGGGCUGGGAGGAGGCAUACGAUCCUCAGAUCGGCCCAUAUUACAUCAAUCAUGUCAAUCAGGUGACGCAGCUGGAAGACCCGAGGCUAGAAUGGCUGAGCAUUCAAGAAGCGAUGCUAAGAGACUACCUCCAUACCGCUCAGGAGGCUCUAGAGGCAAAGCGGGAAAUGUACGAUGUCAAAAAGCAGAGGCUGUGUCUAGCUCAAGAUGAAUACAAACACCUGAACAAUGCCCUGUCCACCCUCGCCGCGUCUAGAACAAGCCUAUGUUCAUCGACAACUUCUGUGACUACUACAUCGACGACGUCACGUCAUGACCCCGAACUGCUCCGGUCCGAGGUUACUCAAGCGCGCGGUAGAGUCGCGCAGUUGAGGAAGGAGUUGAGACAAGCCAGGGCAGAGGUGGCGAGUGCCAGAAGAGGGGUUGACACGCUUGCUGAAGUUGAGCAAAAAUUGAGUUCUCAGCAAGGAUGUUAUAAUAUAACAGAAGCCCAAGCGAUAAUGACCGAAUUGAAAAACGUUCAGAAAUCUCUUACCUCAGGAGAAAAAGAGCGAGCUGAUCUUAUGCAAUCGCUGGCCAAGUUGAAAGAUGAUUUAAUGAGGCUACAAUUAGCAGAUGCUUCGCCAGAUCUCUCAACUUUGAGUUUACCCCAAGAAAAAUUGAGCACUGCCUCUCAAACUGAUCUUUGUGCGGACUUAGUCCCUAUUGGCACAAGACUAGCUGAAAUGGCGCGGGUUCGCCUACAAUACGAUGAGUCUAGAAAACGGAUACAGCAAAUUCAGCAACAGCUUGCUGACCUGGAGGACAAAGUCCAACCGGGUCAAGCGGAAUCUGAUAAAGAUCGACUUCUUCUAUUUCAAGAGAAAGAGCAGCUCUUACGUGAAUUGAGGAGUAUAACUCCGAGAACAAGAUCGAAACAAGAAAUGAGCGACAUCCAAUCGGAAUGCAAGAGAUUAGAACAGGAUUUAAAGAAUGCAUUCGAGAUGUCAAAUAAGUGUAUAGCGGACAGAUUAAGGUUACACGAAGAAAAACAAUUAUUGUUACAGCAGUUGAAAGACGCACUAACUUCUAUGACGACGUUAGAAGGACAGUUGAAAACAUUGUCAGCGUCUACAUUAUCCGUAUCAAGUAGUUCGAGUCUAGGGUCCCUUUCUACAGCGAGCAGUAAAGGGUCCCUGAGUUCGGGUAUCAGUUUUACAGACAUUUACGGUGGGCCGCAGAUAGCCAGUACGUUUCAAGCGGACAAACCAAUUGAUAUGGUGGAUCUACAUAGACGAGUGGAAAGACUACUUCGUGGAGCGAGCUUCCCAGACAGUGCUACUCCGGGCGCAAGUAGUUCACCAUCUCAACCUUCUUUAUCACCAAGAAGUAGCUUAUCAUCAGCGAGCCCGCCACCGCCACCACCGUCUUAUAAUCAGGUGGAGAGGCAAAGACGACAGCAACGAGAGCUAGAAGAGAAACUCGCUGAAAUGAGGAUAGGAGUCGCCACGGGUCUUAACGAAGUCACCGGGUUGUCUACAAUUCCUGUGCAACUCCAAGGUCCCGGACGACCCUGUGAGCCUCUAUCCCCCAUAUCGGAAACACCACCGCCACCGCUCUCACCGAGAACUCCGUCAUCUAGUGGUACGAACACUAGAUCAGUAUCGGCAGCAGUGAGCGACGAGUCGGUGGCUGGCGAUUCCGGUGUAUUCGAAGCCGCGCAGGCUGGAGACGCAUCCAAUGCUGUGAACAGUGCACAAAUUGAGAUCAAAUUGCGCUACUGUUCCGACGAGAGUGCGCUCGAAAUCGGCAUCCUGAGAGCUAGGAAUCUUCACGCCUUGUAUAUCGAUAUGGAAACUGAAGUGGCAGUCCGCGGCGCACUCGUAAUGGGUGGCGGUGGUGGUAUCGCUUUCAGUACCACCGCUAUAGCGUGGCGGGGUACCACUCUAUUGUGGAGGAAGAACCAGAGAGCAUCCUUGGGACCUAGGGCAUUGAGGUCUGCAACGCUACAGCUGAAUUUAGCUGCUGGAGCUGAAUGCUUGGGUUGCACGCAAGUCAGCUUAGCGGACUUCGACCCGGAUACCGUGUCCCAGAAAUGGUACAAUGUGUUGAGUUUUAGAAGCAUGAGACGAGAUGAGAGCUCCGAUGAGUCAACAGUUAUUAGUUCACAAACUUCAACUCUCACAAGAAAUAGAGGACCAGAGAGCAUGACCAGUGCGGAAUGUAACGUGGACUGUGAGAACUCCGCCUCUGAAGACGAGGAGUCAAGGGAACCUUUAAAUCAGAUAGUAGAGGAAGAUUCGUUCGAAGAUUACAUUCCCGAAGAGGACAUAACGUUGGAGGAUGAGUACUUACAUCCCGCGACCGCCGAGAAAGAGACCAACACCGAGUGCAAUUUCUGUCCGGAGGGAGCAAGACAACUGCAUAGACGCAAAAGUCAACAAGUUAGCUCAAACCCUGAAGAGUCGCUCGCGACUAUAAAACGAUCUCAAACGUUCUCGCCGCAACCACAAAGCAUCAGUCGAGGCCAGUACAUUUGCAGAUUAAACCGAUCUGAGUCUGACUCGUCCAUGGUGCAGUACGCACGAAGAGGCACGUUACAACCCCCCCCUGUGGGCAUUCCGUUCGAUAGAAGCGUUCGGGAGAGGAGGUCUUUGAGGUGGGGGCGCGGCGGCGCGGCGCGGCGCGGGGCGGCGCGCGCUCGCUCGGCGCGCACGUCGCUCGACCUGUCGCUCGACCUGCGCGCGCAGCACUCGCGCCUCGCCGACCUGCGACACGAGAUCGCGCACCUCGCGCACCUCAAGAAGAGAUUAGAGGAAGCUUGCGCUCACGGUGACCCGGCCGUCGCCGCGUGGGUGGCCGAGGACGAAACUCUUCGGAGGCUAAUCUCGGCUCCGGUGGAGUCCGGGGACAGAGUGUCCAGACUGUUUCAUCGUACGUGUAGAGAGAUAUAUCGGCUGAGGAAGUCCAGGCAGGGGGGAAGGAAACCGGAUUUGGUGACUUUCAAAGAAAAGAUGGCAUUCUUCACGCGCACCAAAACAACCAUACCAGUUCUACCUGACGAGGAAGGCGACUUAUCCGAAGACGAAUGGGAAGAACUCGAAGAGAGACGGACGCCAGACGGUAGAUCGUCAAAAACUUCAUACGAACUACGCAGGGAACCAGCCAGCAGCCAAACAGAUAACCGAGAACAGCUGACCCAGGUUAUCGAAUGCAAAAACCCGUGUAUAUCUGAGCCAUUUAACUUGACUAUCCAUGAAGAUAAGAAUGAGGAAAAGAACGAAGCCAAGACUGAGGAUGUGAGGUACGACUUUGUUGUGGACAGAGUCCUAGGUGUUCAAGUUUGAGUGGACUAGUUGGACUAUGUAGCAGUCUUUGUGGUCAUUUCAAAAUCAAUUUAAGUUGUUAAAAAUUACCAUUUUAUGAAAAGCAAAUAAUUAUCUUUCAAAAGUUGCUACUAAUUCUAUUAUAUAAAAAUAGUUGAUCGGGAUUCUGUUUGCUUAAACUAAGAAGCUAAUUGAAUUACAGUUGACCCGUGGUAAUCGGGUACCAUUCAAAGCACAUUUAUUCCUACAAACCUUCGUCAAUGUAUGUUUGAACACGUCAAAAAACACCUAUGCUCCAAUAAUAACGUAAUACUCUUAAUUUUUGCACUGAUUGCUCAUAGCUUGUGUUCACAUAAAACUUGCGUGGACAAAUGUCUUACAUAGUCUGCUAUGAUCUGCAAUCAUCUAUGCUACAGUAAAAAUUCUGGAGGACAAGAGGGGGGGGGGUGUCAAGGCGUUUCUCGGAUUACCGCGACAGCUGUUGAUCAAUUAGUUUUGUUUUCCAUCGUGUCCAACUGGUUAUGUCUGUUAUUUGUUUAGAUGUAAGAUUAUUUAAGUGAAGAUCAGUAUGAACUGUGGCUACAGACGUGAGGUUACGUUAGGUAUCUUAGUGGUCUGUUACUUAGGACAUUCGAUUUGUUAAGGUAUAUACUUAAUUGUGAUAUAUGUAAUAAUUUCAUUAAAUUUGCAUAAUAUUUUGAUAUUUCGAUCAAUAGUUUGAAAAACUUUUGAUACUAGAUGAAAUGAAAAGAAAUAUUUUUCAAUUGUAUAAUGUAACUGAAAUGUCAGUUAUAUAAUUUAUACACGUGCUUAGAACAAAAAAAAAAAGAAAAUCAUAGUGACAAGUAAUGGCGUCUCUGUGUUGCCGUUAGUAAAAUAAUUAUUUGAAUUAAAUUUUGUAUAUCACAAUUAAGUUUAGUAAAAGGAUCGUAAUAUACGGCACCAUAAUAAAAUUCAAUUAUUUACUGUGAUUGCAAUUGCCUUUUGAGAUUUCUAGAUUGAAGACUGAAAAUAAUUAUGUAUCUAUUAUAUUAUAUAAUCCACGUGUACGUACAUGCAAUGGGGUGCCAUAAUGAAAUCAGUAGAAAAGCGAUCGGACAUAACGUUAUUAAUAUAUACAUUUUUAUAUAUGAUUGUACAAAAAAAAAAAAACGUGCCUUAAAUUUCGGUGCCUUGUUCGUUCGGCCAACCGUGUGCCAUAAUGGGCGAAAAACAUCGGUGUACAAAGUAGUGUAUGGAGAGUCACAAAAGAAAUGCCAAACUUUAUUUUUUUUUUUAAUAAUAGCGGAUGUGUAAAUAUAUACGUAAAGACCCACCGGGCUAUAUCGGUUGUAUAUUACGAAGUGUAGGUUCCACCGAAUAAGUAGACUUGAUAGGCCAAAAAGUUCGCUUAUGUAUAUAAGGCUUCGAUUGUUGUAUUGUUCAUUAUGUAUUGUGGGUUAGACGAGGAUAUGACGACAAUUAUUAUAUUGUAUUUUUUUUUUAAUUCCUCUUUUAAAUUGAGAUUCUAAUCGUCAAUUUAAUAUUGGCAUGAGAUGUAUUUUUUUUUGGUCACUCUAGAGUCUAGAUACCAUUUGAAUCAUCAUUGGGACCAACCCUUUCCAACAUUAGUUACGUUAUUAUUCACCAAUCUUUGUCCAAAUGUUGGUUGUUGGAAUUGCGUUGUUUUAGUUUUUUUUUUUUGUUAUUAUUCCAUGAAAUCAUGUAAACAUUUGAUCUGAAAUUGUUCUGAUGGCAGACAUCUCAGUAUUUCAACCUCGUACGUAAGAUGUGAGUUAGGUUAAUUAUUGUAAAUCUUGUAAAUUGAAAACUUGUAAAUAAUUCGAGAUUAAAAUAUGCAUUCUGAUUUUAAAAUUAUUAAUAAGAUGUAUUUUAAGUAUUUUAUAACGAAGCAAUAGCUACGUGGGAACUAGUUGUAAUAAUUAAUGUUGCAUUAUUGUAAAAAAAUGUAUAUUUUAUAUAAACAUUUAUGUGAAGUUUAUACAUAGUUUUUUUUUUGUAAUUGUUACGAAGGUAAACAUUGUUUUGCCAAAUUAAUUUAAUGUUUUAAUUCUUCCAUUAAAGAAAGGGAUUAUAUUUCGUAAAGACGCCAACACCGACGAUAGGAGGUUGAUAUUAAUAAAAAGUGAUGAAAAUAAAAAUAA